UUAAAAGUUAUUGAAAUUUAUAUAUAUUAUUGAAAUAGUAUAAAUCUAUGGUCAAUCAUAAUACAGAGUAUAAAAAUUUGAUGUGUGGGAAUUAGAGUUUGAGGAUUAUACAAUUGGAUUAGGAUUGAAAAUUGAUUGGUGGGAAUUGGGAAUUCAUAGAAUACGGAGUAUGAUUCAAUCAACAAAAAAAAAUUAUCACAACACAAGUUCAGGCUAGCAGGUUAGCAACAUAGCAUGCCCUACAAAAACUCGGCUUGAGACGCUCACCUUUAGCAUCUACGAGAAAUUUUAAAAAGAAACUACGGAGUACCGAGUAUUCGAGUAACAAAAACGUUCUUGCCCUCUUUAAGAAAACAUUGUCGGCCAAAAAAAAAAAAAAAAAAAAAAAAAAAGAGCAAAUUCAUGCAAAUCAGCCGCGCUAAAUCAAAGAAAUCAAACCCAAAUCUUCUGUCACUUAGCUCAGUGAAGAUGCGGAAUGUCAGAGUUUCAUCCAAGAAAUCAUCUUUGUUAACUCGCACUCUCUAUAUAAUCCUUCUUUUUGCUAUAUCCAUUUUCUUUUUUCUCCUAUAUUCUAAGGAUGUUUUAGAAGAUGAACAAAACCCACUUUUUUAUAAUGAUUUUCAGUCUAAUUCUAACCCUCAUCAUCAGUCUGAGCAGAUAAGGAGUCCUGUGCACUUUGUUGAUGAGCAAUUACGGGCUUCAACGUUCAGCCGUGACCUGCGUCCUUGUGUCAAGCCUACUGCUAGAUACAAAGUUGCUCAGGAAUCUAACAGAUAUUUGACUGUAAAGAGUAAUGGAGGGCUAAAUCAAAUGCGUACUGGUAUUGCUGAUAUGGUGGCUGUGGCACGCCUUAUGAAUGCAACCCUGGUGAUUCCCAAUCUGGAUAAACGUUCAUUUUGGCAGGAUUCAAGUGUGUUUGGGGACAUAUUUGAUGAGCUCUAUUUCAUGAGAAGCUUGCGUCAGGAUGUAAGAAUUGUGAAGGAACUUCCUAAACAGCUGGAAUCUGCACCUCGAGCCCGCAAACACUUUGGUUCCUGGUCAGGGAUGAGCUAUUAUGAGAAUAUGACACAUUUGUGGAGGGAAUAUCAGGUGAUUCAUGUUGCAAAAUCAGAUUCUCGGCUUGCAAAUAAUGAUCUGCCUCUUGACAUUCAAAGGCUCCGAUGUCGUGCUCUAUACCAUGCUUUACAUUUCUCUCCUCCUAUUGAACAUUUGGGCAAGAGACUAGUGGAGCGGCUGAGGUCACGUGGGGGUCAGUACAUUGCUCUUCAUCUUAGAUAUGAGAAGGACAUGCUUGCUUUUACUGGGUGUACCUAUGGUCUUUCUGAUGCAGAAUCUGAGGAGUUGAGAAUUAUGAGGGAGAACACACACCACUGGAAAAUAAAGAAAAUAAACUCCACAGAGCAGAGGAAUGCAGGCCUUUGUCCACUUACACCCAGGGAGGUUGGGAUCUUUAUUAAGGCUCUUGGUUAUCCUCUGUCAACAUUAAUUUAUAUUGCUGCUGGAGAAAUUUAUGGUGGUGCUGAGCGACUGUCUGAGCUGACUUUGCGAUUUCCUAAUGUGAUUUUUAAGGAAACGCUGGCUACCCAAGAUGAAUUAGGAGCUUUUUCCCAUCAUGCUACUCAAGCUGCUGCUAUUGAUUAUAUCAUUUCUGUGGAGAGUGAUGUGUUCAUUUCUUCUCAUUCAGGGAAUAUGGCAAGAGCAGUUGAGGGUCAUAGGCGGUUUCUGGAGCACAGAAAGACAAUUACGCCUGACAGGAAGGGUCUAAUUGAAGUAUUCGAUAAGUUAGAUUCUGGACAACUACAGGAAGGGCCGUACGUAUCCAAUAUUGUCAAAAAGAUGCAUAGGAAUAGGCAAGGGGCUCCAAGGAAAAGGAGUGGCCCUCCACCAGGAAUUAAGGGCAGAGCACGAUUCAGGUUUGAAGAAUCAUUUUAUCAGAAUCCGUACCCAGAAUGCAUAUGCAAGUCAUAGGAUCAUUUGCUGCAACUUGAACAUGAAUUCUUUUCUGUGAAUCUGCUGGUGGUUUUGAUUACUCCAGAGCAUUUUUUGGGGCAUGGCUUGACUUUAUCACGAUUCACAAAUGUGCAAAAAUGAGCUAGGAUAUGAUUGUUACUUACCCUUUGUUGAUUAAGUUUUUUUUUUUUUUUUUUUUUUAAUUUUUAUAAAACGAUAUCUUUUUACUACAAUUUUGUUAUCAUCCCUUUUGUUAAUUCUUUUUGUUUCAUUACAUCA